AUGACCUGUGCCCUUCUCUUCAGUCUUUUCCUACUUCUGGUCCUGGAAGCCCCCUCCCAAAGCAACCACCUUGGCCCCACAUCUCGUCUGCGUUAUUCCAGGUUCCUAGAUUCUUCCAAUGUCAUCUUCCUACGCUGGGACUUUGACCUUGAAGCUGAGAUCAUCACUUUUGAGCUCCAGGUCCGGACAACUGGCUGGGUGGGCUUGGGUGUCACAAAUCGCUACACCAACGUGGGAGGUGAUCUGGUUGUUGGAGGAGUCUUGCCUGAUGGCAAUGUCUAUUUCUCGGAUCAGCACCUAGUGGAUGAAGACACUCUGGGGGAGGAUGGGAGCCAGGAUGCUGAGCUGCAGGGGCUAACGGAAGAUGCCGUCUACACCACCAUGCGCUUUUCCAGGCCCUUCCGCUCCUGCGACUCUCAUGACCAAGACAUUACGAGUGACACUGUGAGGGUGCUGGCCGCCUAUGGCCUGGAUGACACUCCGAAGCUGGAUCGGGAGCGCACUUUUGUCAAAUCCAUCUUCUUGCUACAAAUCGUCCACCCUGAUGAUUUGGAUGUCCCCGAGGACACCAUCAUCCAUGACUUGGAGAUCACUGAUUUCCUCAUUCCAGAGGAUCACACCACGUACGCCUGCACCUUUCUCCCUCUCCCCAUCGUUAGCAAGAAGCAUCACAUCUACAAGUUUGAGCCCAGGUUGAUCGCCCGCACCGAGACGCUGGUGCACCACAUCCUGGUGUACGCCUGCGGCAACGCCAGCGCGCUCCCCACCGGCAUCAGCGACUGCUACGGCGCCGACCCCGCCUUCUCGCUCUGCUCGCAGGUCAUCGUGGGCUGGGCUGUCGGGGGCACCAGUUACCAGUUUCCAGAUGACGUGGGCGUCUCCAUUGGGACCCCCUUGGACCCUCAGUGGAUCCGACUGGAGAUCCAUUACAGCAAUUUUCACAACCUUGCUGGUGUGUACGACACCUCAGGGAUCCGAGUGUACUACAGCGCUCAGCUGCGCAAAUACGACAUGGGCGUCCUCCAGCUGGGCUUCUUUACCUUUCCCAUCCACUUCAUCCCCCCGGGUGCUGAGUCCUUCAUGUCCUACGGGCUGUGCAAGACGGAGAAGUUCGAAGAGAUGAAUGGGGCCCCUGUACCUGACAUACAAGUAUACGGCUACCUGCUGCACACCCACUUGGCUGGGCGAGCCUUGCAGGCCGUGCAAUACAGAAAUGGAACGCAACUCCAAAUAAUCUGUAAAGAUGAUUCCUACGACUUCAAUCUGCAGGAGACUCGAGAUUUACCUCAUCGACUGGCCAUCAAGCCGGGAGAUGAAGUGCUGGUAGAAUGUCACUACCAGACACUGGACCGAGACUCCAUGACUUUUGGGGGUCCCAGCACCAUCAAUGAGAUGUGUCUCAUCUUCCUCUUCUACUACCCUCGAAAUAACAUCUCCAGCUGCAUGGGGUAUCCUGACAUCAUCUACGUGGCCAAUGAGCUGGGGGAGGAGGUAUCAGAUUCCAUGGAGGCUAUGAUGGCCAUGAGUAGUGUUGAGUGGACCCCAGAGAACAUUAAGAAGGCCGAGAAAGCCUGCAAGGAGGCCCAGCAGACGGUGAUAAUAAAGACCAUUGAUGAGGUGGUGGAAAACACAACAGGCUGGAUCCCGGACAUCAUCUCCUCUGCUCGGGGGCCCUGCUUGGAGUCCACUGGAGGCAAAGUGGAGCCGCAGGACAAGACGCCCGCCGGCUUCCGCGCUGCACCGGUGGCGAUUUCAUCUUCUUCCUCAAGCUCCCAACAACUCCUCCCUAUACCCCUGAUUCACAGCUGA